AGAAAAUUCGAACUCAAAAACGAUUUGCUUAUACCCAAUAUUAUUGUUGUCUGCAUUUUACCCGACUGAGCCAUGUUGCCGUAUACUUAGUGAAUACUUGUAGUUAAAAUGAACAAAUACUAAUAUUUAAUUGUCAGCUAAUGUGCAAGCAUUAUGAAUUGUUAUUUUAUCAACUUUUAUGAAAUGGACUCGUCCUCGCGUUUCGGCGGGAAUCGUUAUGAUUCUCCACACCCACAGGCGCGGAGUAUUUAUGAUGGCUUUUGUGAGUGCAGUGUGCAGUGUAUGUCGUAAAUGACGAUUUAUUUCCUUUCGAUUUGCAAAAUUUCAAUUUUUCAUUUUCAUUGUCUGAUCUGGCCCAUAAUAAUGGCAUCAGAUUAAACGACUCAACGAGAAAAAUAAGAUUCACUAGAAAAAAGAAGCAGGAAAGGAAUCAAAGAGCAGAGAAGAAAGCAAUCUGUUGAAAGUUCCUUUUGUUUUCAGUUUGAUGAAUGCUCUAGAAAGAAUGUUACCUUUUUCGUGUGUAAUAAUUUUAUUUUUUUUAUUUUAUCUUAAAGGCCAAGGAAACCCCGACCAUAGGUUAACUUGAUAUGAAAGUCACCCUAAAACCUUUCAUAACGCUGAAAGAAUUUUUAAAAUCAGACCACUAUUGAAAAAGAUAUGGCAGUUUGAAAUAUUAGAAAAGGGCUGAUCAUAGAGGUGGCCAUUUUAGUAAGUUUAUGAUGUCAUUUACACAUUGCUGAAUUCUUUAUAUAGCAAAUAAUUAAUUUCAUAUGUUCUUGAGUGCAAGAUGUAAAAAAUGGUAUAUCUUUCAGUAUAGCUGGAAAAAGUAGAGAAAUUAUUUUACAGAAAUAAGUAAAUACAAUUCCAAUACGUAUUACGAAAUUUAAUAAAUCCGCCAUUUUUUUUUCUUACCAUGGAAACAAAAUGACCGCAAUUUUGAUAAAAUAUUUAAAUGCUCAUAACUUCCUCAUUCUUAAAUCGAUUUUGAAAAUUCUUUCACUUCUUUAAAUGAUAUUAGAAUUCCUAGCAGAUGGAUUUAACAUAUGAACAGCAUUGAUUUUUCCUUUAAGUAUUGAUUUUUUAUAUUGUAGGCAUUGUUAUUUGCCACAUUUAUUUCAUAUGAUAUGGGGUAUAGGCCUUUUAUUCCAUUCGAAAUUCCGGAUUCUGCUUUGUAAAGUUAAUUUAUAUGCUAAUUUUUGAACCUUUUUAUUGUGUUCCUUUUAUUGGUACAGCAUAUAAGUAAGUUUUAUACAACUUCUUCUGUAUGAUCAUUUGUUAAGGAAAUAUAUAAUAUAUAGGAAUUCUUGUACAUUAGUUAAGGACUGUUGUAUGUCGAGUAUGUCGUAGUUCUAUGUAUUAAGUUUGUAAUUCACUCUGCAGCUGUUUAAAGGUACAAGGCUGUCAUCUUAAUUUAGGCUUGCUUAUGCCCAUUCUCUUUGGGUAAUCAACACUAAAUUUAUUACACAGUAUGUACGGCUGGAACAAUUAUCAAUAAACAGUGUCUUAUUUUUAUUUUUAUAUUUUGAUUAUUUUCUUUAAUUAAGUAUUUAUGUGUUUAAUGUUUCAUAUGUAUGCAUAAUUAUAGUCAAACCUUUUACAAAUGUCACCUAAUAAUUAUAAGGCAAAAACUGGCCUUUGAACCAACGUGACUUGCAUUUUAAGGUACGCUUACUCUAUGAUCUCAAUGUAGGUUUCUUACAGGCUGACAUUUAGCAAUAUCAGAACAAUGGUCUUUCUUGAGAGGUGUCUGAUUGCACAACAUUGACCGUUUGUCUUUCCAAAAUACCAGUUGAUCAGUAUAUGACUGAUAUAUUGGUAAAAGUGUUCAUAGUAGUGAACUGUUUAGUCAGUAUUCAUUGCUGCGUAUUCAGAAGCUGUUCUCCUGAGGAGGAGGUGAAGAAAACAACAACAGCAACAAGAACAACAAUACCCUCUAAGUAAAUACACCAAAGUAAUCGUCAAUAUAUAACACUUUGGUUGUAAUUUUCUUGUUUCUUUUAAACUGUGAGUUUUUCGCUCCUAGACGGAUCACAAUUAUGUGUGUUGUGCUUCAUACAUUGUACAUCCUAGUCAUUCCUCAUCAUUUAACUUGAAAGUAUCAUAUAGAGCCCACAUUCCUGAUUAGACAUUUGCAAGAAUAAUGGUCUUGAUAACAUCUGAGCUAAGUUUGAAAUAUAGUCAUUUCGGAUGAACAACUACGUAAGUCUGAAUUUAAGCAUAAUCUUUUGUAAACAAUACAUUUCAUUCCAUACACCGAAACUUAGAGGUCAAUUUCGCAUAUGAGUCAUGAUCAGUCAAUAAUUAGGUCUCUAAAUACAACAAUCAAAAUCCUGCUCACACUACAAAGGCAAUGUUUUUUCUCCAACAUUCAUGAAACCGCCAUCAGAUUGUCUGUUUGACUAGGGUCUACAAUAAAGACACAAGUUGUUCUAUCAGUACAACGUACACUGCUAUGUUUGUCGCGGAGUUUCCUUUUGCUGCAUCUUGCCAAAACCUUCGUACUUGUUGGGGAUUAGUACUUAGAUUUUUAGGUCAGCGAUUGUAGUUUUAAUAAUGGAGCCGUCCGUAAUUUAGGUAAUAGUAGAGAGUUUGAGAUUUCAACCUUCGCCUUCCCCUUCAACGUCUCUCAUAUAUAUUUGGGGUAAAACGUCACCGAUAUGCGUGUAUUUUAUUUAUAUCAGACGUUGCUACUAAAGUUUUCCAUGUAAUAUCAAGUAAGCCUAAGACUUCGCUUUAUAACUAUGUGAAAUAAAAAGCUUAGUUUCAGGAAUUCUGCUUAUUAAGUUAUUCGAUUAUCCAUAUGUAUAACUGGACUAAAUUUGAUGCGAAACACGAUCAACAAGUAUAAGAAUAAUGAAGUUUUGUUUGGCUAAUGAUUUUAACUAAAUACAUUGAAUUGAACCUGGAAGUAUGAAGUUAUCUUGACAACUGAUUUUGAGAAACUUUGAGAUUUUGUUCAAACUUUAACUUGUACGGCAUAUUUAUGUCCUCAGGCGGUAUUUAUUAUACCAGAAGGGCUUUUUUGUCGUAAGAAGUGAAGUUUUGAACGUCCGAAGAUGUGAUAUCACGAAAGUCAAAACUUCAGUCUUUGUACAUCUACUAGGUCCACAUACUCAGUAUCAAAGACUGAAAUCUGGAUGGAGGCACAUGGCAUGACAGUCAUUUUACUUGAAAAAUGAAUGAUAACACGCGAUUAUCAUUUGGUGGAACAUUUUAUUUUAACUUCCAAAUAAAACCAAUCCGUUUCUGUCGGAUACUUAAUAAGACAAUUGCGUUUGUGUGACAAUUUUCGUCUCCACCUAGCAGUUCUUGACUGUUUCGCUAGACACAUGGUGACUUGGCACGAUUAUAUUGAACUGACUGAGAGUUUGGCAUUAUACAGAGUCAAACUGAGUGUCAUGAUGCCAAAACGUAUGACAUCACGAGAGUAUCUUACAUUUGUUUCAAAUCGCUUUUUAAAUGUAUUCAUAAAUUGUGUAUAUUGGCUCAUAUUAUCAACAUAUCUUUUAAAAGGUUAGAUUUUCAACAGGUACAGUCUACAAGUAAAACGCGUCUUUUAAGGAAUUCGAUGUAAAAAGUACCAAUUCAAAGUAAAAAAAAAACUUUAAGAAAAACUAGGAAAUACUAGUCAACAGCCUUUUGUGUUUGCUUUAUCUCAUAUACAUUUUGUAUUUAACUUAACUUCAAAGUAUAUCGAGAAAUGCAUUUGUAGUAGUUAGUGUCUCAUGUUUUUGUUUAAAAAAUAUUAACUGCAUCAUCUUUCAAGAACACCGUCAACAAUAGAAUACGUUGAUGUGAUUAUCAUUUUUACUUCCUCUCAUGUAUAAUUUACAAUCGUGCAUUGUAUACUGACAUCAUUUUAUAUAAAAUGAUUUUUUUUUAUGUAAUCGCACUAAUAUCCAUGCGAUGAUUAUGUUAAUUGAAAUGUUUUUAUUUAAUUUUCAUUUUUAAAACCUCUUGUAAAAGUCCUGCACUUUCGGACAAUUGAUUGCACGAGAAAAACGAUCAUAAUUACAGAUAAAUUGAAUGGGCAGAUUAAGAGAAGUAACGGUUCAUUCUAAAGUUUGAAAUCUCAAGGAAUUUUAAUCGAACUUCAACUUCAUACGUUUACUUCGCAAGAGACGCAGAAGGGGAAGGCGAAGGUUGAAAUCUCAAACUCUCUAUUAUUCAAUACGAUACUGGUUGCAAAGUAAAACAUGCUGGUCUCCGUAAUCGGCAGAAGAGUCUAUAAAUUGAAUUCUCAAACGUCAAAGUCAAACUAUAUAUGUCAGUGCCUCCACUUUUUUGUGUACGUCAAUACUUUUGAUAAAAUCGGUACUACAAUUAAAGACCCACCAUUACUUUGUGACCUACUCUUUGUUCUCACAUGAAAUUCGUGAAAAUCAUUCUUAUAACACUGGUAUAAUACAGCUAUACAGUACAAGAUGACUGACAGACAAUUUAGGCCCUCCCUGAAUUAAUGUAUUUUUAUAUCUUUAUCUGCAAAGUUAACUUGUAUCAGUCAGUCUCUUUAGUAUAGUUUUAAAAACAUAGAUAAAUAAAUGUCUCACCAUGUAGAAACAAAGUAAGUUCUAAACCCAAUGUAAUACAUCAAAUACUGAGCAUACUGCUAUAUUCAUUCAGUAAAACACAUUGUCUUUACCUAAUAUAUGUCAAUGUCAAUAUGUAAGGAGAUACUUGUAUUUCUCAAGGUUCUUUUUCAUGCAUGUCAUGUAUAUAAUUACCUUUAUGGAAAAACAAACAAAUAUUGUUUUCCCGUGAAGCGUCUUUAAGUUUAACAUGGUUAAGAUUUACGGAAAUUAAAAAAAAAGACUCGACUGACGCGCAACCCGAACCAAUUCUUAUAAAAUUAUCACCUUCCAAACUACUGUAUACAUGUUACCUCAGAGUUGUUUGUUUUCUCUAAUUGUUAUAUAGGCUUUGAAAGCGAACAGCAUGGAUAUUGACCAGACUGCGCGGAUGUGAAGGUCGUGCCUGUUCAGAUUAAACAUUGGAUUUAAACCACUGCUCUUGGAUUUGACAGUAUUCAACCAGAAACGAGAUAACGAGAUCCUUCCAGGAUACAUUAAAUUUGUUGCAGACGACAAGUUAACACGUGCUACUGUAAAGACAGCAAAAGUGAAAAAUGAAGAUUUGAAGAAAAUUGAUAACAAGGUUUUAUCGUUCGAGCCGGAAGAGAUAUAUUACCGAUCAAAGCGUUCGGUACCAAUGAAUCGCAAGCGGCGAGCAGUCACAGUAUCAGACGCCAACUGGUCCGACCAAUGGCACUUGGAUCCAAGUCAUACGCCGUCGAUGGGUGUCUACAAUGUUUGGGAUAAAGGAUUUACAGGACAAGGUGUUACUGUAGGAAUAAUUGACGAUGGAAUUGACGUUACUCACGUUGACCUUGUUGAUAAUUACGACGCCUCUUUAAGCUACGACUACAUUUAUGGCGUAAAUGAUCCGUCUCAUGUAUAUGCAAGUGAAGGGCAUGGUACAAAUUGCGCUGGCAUUGUUGCAGCAGCCAAAAACGGACAGUGUGUCAUAGGAAUAGCGUACGGAGCCAAAAUACCAGCAAUUCGACUUUUGGAUAGUGUAUAUGGGUCCACAGCAUCAGACGAAGCAUCUGCACUUAUUCACAGGCUAGAAAAUAUAGAUAUAUACAGUAACAGCUGGGGUCCUCCAGAUGACGGUGCUGGUUAUGACUCCACAGACGGUAUCUCCUCAAUACAAGAGGCAGCAUUGCUGAAAGGAGUUACCGAGGGUCGAAACGGCAAAGGAGCUAUAUAUACCUGGGCAGCAGGUAAUGGGGGUGGCAACUUUGAUGAUUGUAACGUUGAUGGAUAUUCCAACACAAUCUAUACCAUAUCUGUCAACUCGCUGGCGCCGGACACAGCACCUGCAUGGUAUGCUGAGGAAUGUACAGCAAUUCUGGCAGCAGCGUACGGCGGAGACGACACACAAGACAGAAUUGCAACCACCGACCCUGGUAACCAGUGUAUAGACAAUUUUCAAGGGACUUCUGCUUCGUGUCCUGUUGCUGCAGGUAUCAUCGCUCUUGUCCUACAAGCAAAUCCUCAACUAUCAUGGAGAGAUAUACAGCAUAUGAUUGUGGAGUAUUCUACAAAUAUCGGUCUCAAGAAUUCUAACUUCUACUCUAACGCUGCUGGAAAGAAAGUGAGUCUGAGCCAUGGCUUUGGAUUACUCAAUGCUGAGGCAAUGGUGGACGCCGCUUCUACAUGGCACACUGUACCUACUCAAGUAAUCUGUGAAGGGGCCCGUCAAAACGUAUAUAGGUCGUCGACAGGUUUAACAUCAAUUGUAAGCACAUGGACAAAUGAUGAUUGUUCUGUCAAAUACCUCGAGCAUGUGUACAUCAGCAUUAAUUUCCAGUCACUACACAUACAGAACACAGCAAUAUACCUUGUGUCCCCAGAGGGUACAGAAAGUAGGAUACUUCGAGAGAGAUCCAAUGACAGAUCAUCAGAUGCUGUUUCAUGGAAAUUUAUGUCAGUUCACACAUGGCGUGAAAACCCUUCCGGAACGUGGACAUUAAGGAUGGAUUCUUCGAUAUCAAGUAACUCAAUGAGUCUUAAUACCUGGUCACUCACAUUUUACGGAACAGAAACAGAUCCACUGCAGCAGGAAGACGGAAAGGACAAUACGGCUGUUAUUGUUGGUGCAACGAUAGGAGCAAUCAUUAGUGUGGCCGUCAUAGUCGCUUGUGUUUAUUUCUUCCUGAUCAAGAAAGGUACAUCAUCUGUGGCACCAGCAACGACCGGACAAACACAAGCUGUAUCGUCAGUAUCCUAACGUCUUGAACGAGGGCCAUAAAAUGAAACAUACGAAUAUAACAUGUUUACAUAAUCUCAAAAUCUCAUUCAAUCGCUGGUGUCUAGAUUGAAAUGAGCACAUUUUACAACGCAAUGAGAUUACAUAAAAUUACAUAGAACAAAUUUAUAUGUAAUUAAGCCAUUUUAUCGUAUCAUCAUAUCUGAUGCUUGUCAAUAUCGACGGCUCAUUUGUAAUUAGGUUUGAAUAAGAAUCCGCGAGAUAAAUACUGUGCCCUCACCAUUGUUCGGAAUAGCAUUAUUUUGAAACAAAUUAGUUUGUUAUGUCAAAUACAUCUAUAAAGUCUGCCUAACAUCAUACGAACUAUGUGUAUAUCCUAUGCUUAGCAACUCCCUGUUUCUCCUUAUUAAUAAAUACUAUAUUUGAUUUGUCUGUGAUGUAUUCCGAUAUAUAAACUGUUUUUGCACUCUUUA